AUGGGUGAUUAUUCGCCCAGCGACAACACCUCCAAUCUCUCCAACACUAUUCGAGGGCUGAAGAAGUUCGACGGAAGGAACCCAGCUGAAUUUGAGGAAUGGAUGAAAAGGCUCUGCGUCGUCCUGGGAGUACUGCGCAGGGACAUCCUUCCACUGCUGAAAGGCCGGAGUAGGCCCGCGGAAACCGACGAUGACUACGCCGCCUACUGCAAGUCGAACGAGGACCUGUACGCCAUACUCUACCUGCUGGUGGAACUACCGGCGUCCCUUUCAGUACAGAAGCACGAGGACGACAGCGAGAUCAGCGGAGACGGUCAGGCAGCCUUCGAGGAAUUGAACUUGAACUACAACAAGGUUACGGACGAAGACAUAUGCGUCACCGGCUUCACGAACGAGUACAAGGACGUCAAGAUGACCAUGUACCGCGACCCAGACUUCAACGUCGACAACAUGCAAACCACCAUGCGUCACAUGUUCCUUGACGAGCAAUCUCGUAAAGGGCCGAAGAGCCGCAUCGCGGGGGGUGGUUUCGCAUUGACUACCACUACCUCAGAGGGACCGACUUGCUUCGACUGCGGAGAAAAGGGACACAUCCGGAGUAGCUGCCCCGAAAGGAAAGGCAAAGGAACGAAGAAGACCAAGCCUGCCGGAGCCAACAACAACACGGGCAAGGCCCUCUCCGCAUGCGCUAAUUGUGCACACUGCCUCUCAGCUAGCAACAAAAUAGAACCAGCCACGACGAAAAGGGAGGCAAGCAGCACGGAAGCCGAAAUCGACUUCAGCGAAGACGGCGAAUCAGAGGAAGGGUUCAUGUACGCCACCGUCCACAAAAGAGGGGAGCUGAAGCCCAACGAUACCGAAGCCACCAUGCUGGAGGCGAGCAGCACCAAAGCCGAAAUCGACUUCAGCGCAGAUGGCGAGUCAGAGGAAGCAUUCAUGUACGCCACUGCUCACAAAGGGGGGGAGUUCGAGGCCAACGCUGCCGGAGCCACUCUGCUCGUCGACACCGGAGCAUCCGAGAAUAUGCUCGAUGACCGCCUCAUCCCAGGUCUGAAGGAAACAAUGCGGGAGUUCAAUCACCUCGCCAAACCCAAGGUGGUCUCGGUUGGUGGCGACCACAAGCUGGACGGAAACGCUACAGGACUCAUCCAUUGCACCGGCAAGUACAAUGGCGGCAGGAAACAGGCCGUGCUCCUGCGAGGACUAGUUGUCCCCGGCCUCGGACGCAACGUCUUCUCGCCUACGGCGCAGAUAAAGAACGGCGUCAAGCUCGUCAUCGAGGACGGUAACCCGCACCUCGCGGUAGGAGGUCACAUUUUGCCGCUAGAACAGGAUUCGCGCGACGUGGUGACGGCUGAUGAUGACCUAGGGUUCGCGUACGAAGCCACGGUGAACGCGACCACUCUGCACCGGCGGCUUGGAUAUCUCAACUUCCGGAGCAUGGAACUGCUACGCAAAAAGGAGGGCCACGGAGUCGAUUCCUCGGACUACAUGACAACAUGCGACAUCUGCGCCAUCAGCAAGGGCAGGCAGCUCGACCUGGAAACCGAAAAUCAGCUGCUCCGGCAAGAGAUUCGCCGUAUGCGACACAGGGAGGAGCUCCAACAACGGGCAAUCAACACGGGACACGACAUUCCGCCAAGCCGGCCGCACUCGCUUCAGGCACCCCAAUUCAGCAGGGAUUCUAGGGAGGAGGAGUCCAUCAAAAUCCCGAACACCUCCAAACAGAAAGCCGAUGGAAAACUUUUAGUCAAGCUGUCGGUUCAAGGGUACGUGCAGGAGUCUGGCAUCGACUACGAGAGGAGCUACGCGCAGGAGUCUUGCAUCGACUACGGGAGGAGCUACGCACCGGUGUGUGACAUCGGGAGCGUUCGCACCUUGCUCGCUAUAGCAAGCGAACAACGAUGGCCGGUCCAUCAGGUGAACGUCACCGUGGCGUCUCUGCAGUCUGCGAUCGACAAAGACGUCCGGGUCAAGCCGACCCAGGACAAUACACGAAGCAUCCCGCGACCGGGGACAUCAUGGUCUACCAGCUGGAGAACUGUAAACCCGUUAGAACUCCAGGGUAUGGACCAGAACUCUCGACUGAUCAGGCAGCGGACAAGCUAUCCGGGGCGGCAGACACCAAGCCGUACCAGUACAUCACAGGCAGGCAACACCAUGUUCAGCUCCUGGACGAAGCAUAUUGAUCUCAGGUUCUCCUUCCAACGCGAGCUGAUCAAGAGGAACAACAUCAGCAUUCACGACAAGCAGAGCCAGGCGAUGCUGGCAGACGUGGCGACAAAACACCUGUCGAGACAGCAGUUUAUCUCUCUGCUGGACCACAUCAAGAACUUCACGUGCUGAGCCUAUGGAGAUUUCGGAUAGCUCAUGACAAAAGAUACGCGGACGAAUAGGCGUGCACCGAGACAGAUCUACCUCUUGUGGUGGAACGUUCAAAAAUCUCGGACCUGAUCUUUUUCUUUCGGAACGAAUGAUCGGAUCAAGGCAGACCAUGCCACCAACCUCUGCGGAACCGAGGGAGGAUAAAACACAAGACACAGCAAGAACGACGGAGGAUACGACUUCGAGCUCAGCAUCCAUCUGAGGGAAACAUCCUCAAACGGAAAACUGCCCUGAGCUCCGAGGGAGCUAGGACAAAACAUGUGUGCGGGUAUGGGCGUGAACUCCUGUCUGGUUGAUUUCUCUGGACUUGAGAUUAGGAGUUAUUCCGUCUCGGAUACAUAAUCGCCUCUUCCCUAUGUAGUCUGCAGCAGAUUGCCUCGGUGGAUGGAGCACUAUAUUUCAGUGUUUGCGUGCAAUCUAAUUGAGUGACCGCUCGCAGUCAUAGUUAGAUCGUAGUCGCUUUGAGACGUUUGAGUAUACCCUGUCCGCGAUCAGUAGAGCAAGUGGUGCGUGUUGCAACUCUUGCGGAACACAGCAACAGUACUGCUGUAUGGUGUGCACGAAAGAAAUUGGAGCUUUUUGUGUUUGUACCAAAAGGCAGAUAAAUUUUGCAUGAGAGGCUACAGAGCUACUCUGGUCAUGGAUAGACAUUUGUUGCAGUUCUAUUUCCAAUGUGGAGUCGUGUUGGGGAUAUCCUCUACAUGACGCGAUGCGCAGCCAGCGCUAGGUAGGGAGACUGAAUACGUCAGAGAGAUUGUCGGAAUAUUUGCGGUGAAACUUUCUUGCGUUGUCCGAAAAGACCCCGAGAGACCAGUACAGCGAGUAGGUAUCGGGAGAACCCUGUUUUGACAGUUGUAUGAUAUUGUUUUUUGUUUUCGAGAUGAGACACAAGCGCGCUCUCGCCCCCUUUGUGCUCACUCCACUUUUUUAGCACCAUCACAACCUGACGCGGGAGUCAGUCAGCAAUCAAACAUGUUUCUUUGCUCGUUCCAAGGCACACAUCAAGUUGCACUCGCACUCGAAAGUGUAACCUCUGUGUAGGCUGUUGUACAACCACAGCCUACGAAGCGACCGUUGCACACAGCACACACCCGCUGCUACAGAGACGUUUCUCCCCGAGACCGGAAUGCGUCCAAGCGAUUUGACCGGCACUUCACAGGGCACCGGCACUUCUCGGAAUGGUGCCUGAAUAGUGCCAAGCCGGCACUAUUAAGGGCAUGAAAAUCCCUCUGUAGUGCCGGCUUGGCACGAUUUAGGACUGUUCGACUUCAGAGUGCAGCGCUUGCGCUUUACGCGGCUGACAGAGUACCAAACGAACCGUACUUGGAUCAAUCGUGAGGUGGGCGACGUGGGCGGACUUUAUUGAGGUUCGUGAGGCUCUUGGACUGUCGAAAACACGGCAUUGGCUACAUUAAAAUUAACUUGAUUGACCAGAUAGAUUUGUUGCACAGCAGUUUUUCUCUUCCUACUUCAGCGCA